CUCAAAGCGGUUUUCUGCGGAGAGCUCAGGGAAGCAGUUUGAGAACUACAUUCAGGCACGCCAGGGGCGGGGCCCAGGCAAAGUACAGUCCCAGAGGCCGUCUAGAGCAGAGGGGGUGGGGACUGCCGGCGUAAGUGACUCAAGUCUGCUGAGAGGUGGAGACUUAGGCUGGCUUUCCCUCACAGGCACAGAAAUGCUAUGGAUCUGGGUUGUCCUCUCUCUGGUGCUUGCUGGAUCACAAGAGGCUGAUAGCAUCUCUGAGGGAUCGAAGUUGAAGAGGAAUGUUCGUCAAACUGAGCCUAACUGCCCAGAAGGAUUAUACCGUGGGGGCCAAUUUUGCUGUCAACCAUGCCGGCCUGGUGAAAGGAAAGAUUUGGACUGUACAACCAAUGGUGGUAUACCAAAAUGCAGUCUCUGCGAAGAAGGGAAGGAAUAUAUGGACAAAGAACAUUAUUCUGAUAAAUGCAGAAGAUGUACACUCUGUGAUGGAGAGCACGGUUUAGAAGUGGAAACAAACUGCACCCAGACCCGGAAUACCAAAUGCAAGUGCAAAUCCAACUUCUAUUGCAAUGCUUCUGUCUGUGAACACUGCGAUCCCUGCAUCUCGUGUGAACAUGGAAUCCUUGAGAGGUGCACAUCAACUAGCAACACCAAGUGCAAGGAAAAACGUUCCAGACAUCAUUUACUAUGGCUGCUCAUCAUCAUCCCCGUUUUGGGAAUAUUGCUUUGGCUUUUAUAUAACAAGUAUUGGAGAAAAUGUCAUCGUGACCCUGAAUCUGGGACUGCAAAUUCUGAAGACAUGCCAAUGAAUCUUCCAGACGUUGACUUGCGUAAAUACAUCCUGAAUAUUGCUGAAGAAAUGUCUUUAGAUCAAGUUAAGACAUUUGUCCGGAAGAAUGGGAUGUCUGAGGUGAUGAUAGACGAGAUCAGGAACGACAAUCUCCAACACACAGCUGAGCAGAAAAUCCAGUUGCUUCAGGGGUGGUAUCAAGCUCAUGGGAGGAAGGAUGCAUAUUGCACUUUAAUUAAAGGCCUCAGAAGAAUGAAAUGCUAUGCUCUUGCAGAUAGAAUUCAGGCCAUAAUCCCGGCGGACAUUGAAAAUGCAACUGCAGACACCAGAAAUGAAAAUGAAUGAAAGGCAAAGACUCAAGUGAAAGCUACCUCAGUUCCAGAGAGAGAGAGAGAGAGAGAGAGAGAGAGAGAGAGAGAGAGAGAGAGAGAAUCUUUUAAAUCAGCACUGUGGCUGGUGUCUGAGUCAGGAGCAUUGCUGUGAAUUCAAGGCCAGACUGUGCAACAUGGUGAUCUCUGAACUAGCCUUGUCUCAAUAAUAACAAAAGAAAAAAAAAAACAAAGCAAAGAAGAACAUUUUAAAUAAUGGAGAUCUAUAAAUGUUGUUUGGCUUUUUGUUGAGAAUAUUUUCUAUUUCCUUAGAUUUGUAGAGACAAUAUAUUUAUAAAAUGUGAAGAUUUCAUGAUUCUGUUUUGAGUAAUGUUGAAAUGCAUGUGGAGGAUGGGCAGGAACAAGAGCAGCUGCGGUAAUGAUUUAUGAACCCACAUAGAUGUCUACACAGAAGCAUAUAAACUCAAUAUCAUGCUCUGGCCUGGAGUGUGGAUAGUGUGUGCUGGCCUGCGGCGGACCAUCCUGCUCCACGGCCAUAAAAGGCAGGAGGUUGGCUAUAAAGUCACACACACGGUAAAGGUUGAUUUGUCCCAACCCAAUUCCAGGAUAAUCGUAGAGAUUUUACCAUAUACAGAGACUUGCCUAGCCAUCCUUAGAGCAUACACAUGCAAAGCUUGCAUGUAUAUUUAAAUGUAGAAUUAAAUAAGGUUCUAUUGCAAAGAUUUUUUUGUGUGUGUGUGUGCAGACCAUUGGUGUUUGUGAAGUAAUAUUUCUGAUUUAAAUUUGUGUGGAAAAAUGUAGAAUAAAUCUAAAUGAUUGAAUAUAUUAUAUUUA